GUCCCGGUACUCUCCCUUCUCUCUUUCCCUGCUGAGGAGCGAGGAGCAGUUUUCCUGACUCCCGGACAGCGGACUAUAAUUUUAAAAAACACACGCACACACAACAGGAAGGAGAAGCUCUAAACCAGAGGGGCUGCACAUUAGAAGAGGGGGCUCCCCGCAACCUGAGGCAGCCAUGAGUCGCAGCAUCGUGCGGCAGAGUAAGUUUCGCCACGUCUUUGGCCAGGCAGUCAAAGCCGAUCAAAGUUAUGAUGACAUUCGCGUCUCCAAGGUGACUUGGGACAGCUCCUUCUGUGCCGUCAACCCAAAGUUUUUGGCGGUUAUAGUUGAGUCCAGUGGAGGAGGAGCUUUUCUGGUCCUGCCCCUUUCUAAGUCCGGUCGUGUGGAUAAGAACUACCCGCUGGUGAUCGGUCACUCUGGACCCGUCCUCGACAUCGACUGGUGUCCUCAUGACGACAACAUCAUUGCCAGCUGCUCGGAGGACUGCACAGCCAUGGUGUGGCAAAUCCCGGAUCAUACACUGACCCGCCCUCUUUCUGACCCUGUGGUGGUUCUGGAGGGACACUCCAAACGAGUCGGCAUUGUUACUUGGCACCCCACUGCACGCAACAUCCUGCUCACAGCAGGUAGUGAUAACUUGAUUAUUAUCUGGAACGUGGGGGCAGGGGAGCCCCUCAUUUCAAUGGAUGACCACCCAGACCUCAUCUACAGCGUCAGCUGGAACAGAAACGGCAGCUUGUUUUGCACAACUUGUAAAGAUCGGCGCCUGCGCGUCUGUGAUCCCCGAAAAAGGGAGGUGGUGGCGGAGCGCUUGGCUCCUCAUGAAGGCAUCCGACCAAUGAGAGCCAUCUUCAUCAGAGAUGGAAACAUCUUCACGACAGGAUUCACCAGAAUGAGCCAGAGGGAACUCGGCCUCUGGGACCCGACAAAUUUUGAGGAACCUAUUGCACUUUUGGAGUUGGACACAAGUAAUGGAGUGUUGUUACCAUAUUAUGAUCCAGACGCAAAUAUGGUCUAUCUUUGUGGAAAGGGGGAUAGCAGUAUUCGAUACUUUGAAAUCACAGAAGAGCCUCCUUAUGUUCAUUACCUUAGCACCUUCAGCAGUAAGGAGCCCCAGAGAGGGAUGGGCUUCAUGCCCAAGAGAGGCGUGGACGUCAGCAAAUGUGAGAUCGCGCGGUUAUACAAGCUGCUUGACAAGAAGUGUGAGCCCAUCACUAUGACUGUGCCCAGAAAAUCUGAUCUUUUCCAGGAUGACCUGUACCCGGACACAGCAGGACCCGAGCCGGCCAUGGAGCCCGAAGAGUGGUUGGAUGGCCGUGAUGAAGACCCCAUCCUGGUAUCCAUGAGAGAAGGCUACGUGCCGCCAAAGAGUCGAGAACUCAAGGUGGUGAAGAAGAAUGUGCUGGACUCCAGACCCACCACACGACGCAGCAUGUCCACAAUGGACACCAACAGCCUGCCGCUCCUGGUUUUGUUUUGGUUUUCUUCCUUUAGUUACCUACUAUCCCUGACCUAUUUUCCUAUAUUUUCCAGUCUUAUUUUUCCCUUCUGUCAUUACUCUGUUUUCCCUUCUUCCUCAUCCCUCAUCUUGUCCAGCCUCAGCUACUCGAGAGGUUGUUGGAGGAGAUUCAGAACCUGAAAGCCACAGUUUUGUCACAGGAAAAGAGGAUCUGCGACUUGGAGGAUAAGCUUUCCCAAUUCACCAAUGGCACAGACUAAUUUGGAAUUGAACACACAUUUAAAAGAACUUGUCUGAAUUUCUAAAUCAUAAUCUAUUUCCACUGAACUUACAAGAAAACACCCUACUGAAUACUCGAACAGAGUUGCCUCCUUGGAGGGUGCUGUUUUUCCAGAGUUCAAAUGGGUUCAAGGGUCAGCAGCAACCACAUAUACAGACAUUUUUUGCGGUUUAUUCUCCAAAAUUCUUCUCAGCGAUAAAAAGUCGAUGCCACAGCAUUAAUUUUUAUUGUGGUAAACUCUUUCCAAUAAAAGAAGGUAAAAUGGAAGUUGUAAAUUUGAAGGAAAUGGGCAUGUAUAGGAUAAAAGACAGAGGAAAGUGAACACUGUUUUCCCUAAAAAGAGGGAUUUUGAAGAGAAGGAGAAGCAGAAACCAAAUGAAACAUUAAAAGUAGGCAGGUUUUAACAUCUGGCUUUCUGCACUGUGGUUUAGAUGAGUCCAUAUGAAAGCUUUUCAAUAUGUAAAUAAUGAUAAAGGAAACAAAUAGGGGAAAUAUAUUGAAACUGUAGCAAAAUAUGAAAAGCAAAAACAUUUUUUUCUGUAAAAACAAAGACUUGACAAUAAAAUCUGUUUUUUAAAAAACAAA